CGCUAGCUCGUGAGAUCUGGCUAUGUCGAUAGCUGUGUCCAGCGUUACCUCAGCCCCAACAUUCAAAAGUUUCACUCGCGGUGAGUGUAUUCCAAAUACAAUACGGUCCCUGACCAUCUCAUUCUUGUUUGCAUCAUCAGUCUUUCACAAGCAGAUGCAGCUCAGUCACAAACUGUUCAAAAGACUCGCUAGCUCCCUGUACUUUCUCAUGGAAUUUGUACCUAGCGAAUAUCGUAUUGGUCUUCGGCACAACAUAUGCUUCAAAACGAUCGUGGUAUGCUUUCAGUACCUUUGAUUCAGCCUCGAGGAACCGUGAACAUCAGCUCCACAUGCUGUUUGAACUGACGCCAUGCAUCAGAAUGGCAGAGAACGACGUUGACAACGAGCUGUUGGAGGAUGAGGAGCCUCAGGUUGCCUUGGAGACCGCCACACCUGCGGGCAAGAAGGAGGUAAAGUGCUCUUACGUCUCCAUCCACAGCUCCGGCUUCCGAGACUUCCUGCUCAAACCAGAGCUGCUCCACGCCAUUGUCGACUGUGGCUUUGAACAUCCCUCUGAAGUCCAACACGAGUGCAUCCCACAGGCCAUCCUGGGCAUGGACAUCCUGUGCCAGGCCAAGUCUGGUAUGGGCAAAACGGCUGUGUUUGCACUGGCCACCCUGCAGCAGAUUGAGCCUGUGGACGGGCAGGUGUCUGUGCUGGUGAUGUGCCACACACGAGAGCUGGCCUUCCAGAUCAGCAAAGAGUAUGAGCGCUUCUCCAAGUACAUGCCCACCGUCAAGGCAGCCGUGUUCUUCGGGGGCCUGUCCAUCAAGAAGGACGAGGACGUGCUGAAGAAGAAUUGCCCCCACAUUGUGGUGGGAACACCCGGCCGCAUCCUGGCCCUCAUCCGCAACAAGACCCUCAACCUGAAGAACGUGAAGCACUUUGUCCUGGACGAGUGUGACAAGAUGCUGGAGCAGCUGGACAUGAGGCGUGAUGUUCAGGACAUCUUCAGGCUCACACCCCACGAGAAGCAGUGCAUGAUGUUCAGCGCCACCCUAAGCAAAGAGAUCCGCCCUGUCUGCCGCAAGUUCAUGCAGGAUGUACGUUGGACGGGGUUCUCAUAACUCGUGGUUAUGUACAUGUUCUGAAACUUAAAGUAGCAGUUUUACACACACACACACACACACACACAGAUUAACCCAUCUCCCUAAAUUGCACUUUGAAGAGGCAAUCGGCAGGCCUCUUUAGCGUCCUAGGUUUUUAUAACUGUGACCUUAAUUGCCUACCGUCUGUAAGCUGUUAGUGUCUUAAAGACCGUUCCACAGGUUCAUGCUCAUUAAUUGUUUAUGGUUCAUUGAACAAGCAUGGGAAACAGUGUUUAAACCCUUUACAAUGAAGAUCUGUGAAGGUAUUUGGAUUUUUACGUAUUAUCUUUGAAAGACAGGGUCCUGAAAAAGGGACGUUUCUUUUUUGCUGAGUUCAUCUACAUUCAUUAUAUCGGUCCAUGGCCCUGUAUAGCAGAUGUUAUCUAGAAUCGAGAUGAAUCUAAUGAAUAAGUUGCUUUGACGGUAAGCUUAAAUGAAGACCAGACACAUUUGGGCAAAUUAGAAUAUCAUGUCAUCCGGUGAAGCUCCCUCAGAAUACCCAAGUUCCCUAAACGCAACCACAUUUAGAACAAGAAUUGCUUCCUGAAUUCCUAGUUUAGCUAUAAGCGCCCUCCUGAUAAUCACGUUUCCAUGAAUACCAAGGGGAACAUGGCUUUAAAAUACACAUUUCCACCAUCCUCCCUCCAAAGGAAUUGCGAUGUGACUAAUCAUUUAUUCUGCAAUGGUAGUGAGUGUAUUGUCGGAGGGGGGCUAGGCCGAUUUGACCCUGAUCAGGUCUGUGAUUCAAUAAGAUACAGAUUAAAAGGAUCACCAGCACUGCUGCGUUAACCUCAAAUGGACUACAAACAGAUUAAACUAUGUACACUUACAUAACCCCGGAUGCCCUGGCAUUUGCCUAGGCAUUAACAGAAAAUAUACACAUAAACGAUACACGGGAUGUCCAUGGGAUUGGUUUAAGCCUCACUUUUCCAAAGUAGAUGAACCAACCAGAUCCCCUUUUCUGGGGCACUGAUCGAAACAUUGUGUCACCAGUUGAUUGUGUGUUCAUUCAGCUCUAUAUUAACGCCAUCUGAAACCUCCCUCUGGGGUUAACCUUAGCAUGCCUUCACUAGCAAAAAGAAUACAUCUGAAGGACAAAUAACCUGCGUUGUAUAGGCUACAAAGAACUGUCUGAGGAUGUAAUUACGUAGGCUUUUGCCUGUUUUGGUUUGUGUGAUGGCACUUGCCGCGGCUGUGAUCCGCGGGAGGAGAGCCUGUUUUUUCUUAGGCUCAUCUGCAGCUACAAUAACUGAACAGGUGACAGAGAACAGGGCAUGAAAUCAGGGUCGUGUUCAUUAGGGUACACAGUAGCAAAAUAUUUUGAAACGGAAAACAAAAACAAGCAUUUGUUAUUGGCAAGUUCAAGAAAGUUCCUCCCUGUUUUAGUCCGUUGUCUUCCAUUUAGUGGCUAAUGAAUAAGACCCUGAUAACUUCAUCAUAGUCUCCCGUCCUUACAUUACAAUAGUGUGCUGAAGACAGAUGUACAUGCUGACUGACAGAAAUGAGGACUUACUAUCAUUGCCAAGAGGAGACACCUUGUUCUUCUUCUGGUCCUUGUUAUUUCCUCGCUUCUUCUUUCCUGACUUCCUCACUUCUUUCUUCAUAGCCUCUUCCUUCUCUUUCUUCUUAGUAGAGAGAGAAACAGAAAUGAGUCGAUGCCUCACAAUCAAACAGCCCAAAUAACUAAAUGAUCUACUGGUUCUUGGCUGUCUCACCUGUGUGGAGGUGAUGUCCUUGAGGUCUGUGGAGAGGGCGCUGCUGAUGGGCUUGGUGCUUUCAGAAAGGUAUCUAAUUACCUGGGACUUCUCAGAGAUGGCUGAGCUUACACUGGUCUUUUCCAAACCAGUGCUGUCAUCAGCCAUCUCCUCUAGGUCCUCUUCUAGGGUUUCCCUCCAAGCCAGGAGCUCCUCGGUGAGGGUGACGUCACUCCUUGAGGAGGUUGAGGAGUGUGAUCUCCCACUAGCACGGCUCCUCCUGGCUCCAAAAUGGCCGUCGGAACUCCAGUUCUCGGAAUAGUCAUCUAUGACUUGUGUGAUGGUGUCCGCCAUGCACCCGAUGGCUCCCUCGCUACCAGAGCGUGCGGCACGCAGUUGAGCCCGGUUGGAGUCCGAACGCAGGGACAAUCUUUUAGCCGCAGUCUUCACGAUGGCCUUCACCGCAUCCUCCCCGCUGAAUUGGAUGCUCUCCUCCAGGCCAAAGACGACAGAGAUGUCAGCAUUCUUCAGGGCAUGCUGGACCUCCACAAAGAGAUCCUUCAUCAGCCUGAAGGGGUCAUUGGCCCUCCUUGUCUGGGGGGACUCUGAGGCCUCCAGUCAGCACAUGAUGCCAUGGAGAAUAAACUUCAGAGUCUGGGGGCUCAUGACGGUGGCACAGGGAGUGCUGCGAAGGAGGAUGUCCUCCUUGCCUGGUAGGAGGGAGGGAAUCUUCUCCAGGGAGUCCUGCCUGUUCUUGGUGGGCAUCAGGGAGCUGUCACUCAUCUCGGAGACCUCAGCUCCCCCCACCUCUUCCUUCAGGGUCUGGGAAGGAGCUGCCCGUGCUACAUGGGUGGUUGUCACAGAGUUGUCCUUCAUGGAGGUGCUGGGGACUACCUCUUCUUCAUCCAGGCAGGGUCUGGGCAGAAAACUGUCCAAAGUCUGGGCAGGAGCUGCCCAUGCUGCCUGGGUUGAAGUGGAGGGUUUAGGGUAUGAGACAGUCAUGACACUUACAACCACCUCCUCUUCGUCCUUGGGUGAAGAGGAACAUGGAGAGUCAGGGAACUUUUCCCUGGCACCGGAAUCCAAUCCUAAGAAAACACACUCAUAUUCUGAACUGGUUCAAAGCCACAUCCAUGUAUAACACUAUGCAGUAUCUAGCACAUUUACUAUAAUGGUAAUACACUGGUUAUUACACAAGUUAUUACAUGGUUAUUACUGGUCAUAUGGGCAAAACAGGUUAUAAGUGUACCUUUCUGGAUGAUGAGCCUGGCCCUGUAAUCGUCGUUGCAGGUACUGUUCAGGAUGUCUUCCACCCUGGUGGUCAGGACCUGGCAGACGGCCCCUAGUCAAAUCAAAAUGUAUUUAAUACAGGGGUGUCAAACUCAUUCCAUGGAGGGCUGAGUGUCUGCGGGUUUUAGUUUUUUCCUUUCAAUUAAGACCUAGACAACCAGGUUAGAGGAGUUUCUUACUAAUUAGUGACCUUAAUUCAUCAAUCAAGGGUGGAAUGAAACCAUGCAGAAACCCGGCCUUUUAUAGAAUGAGUUUGACAUUUGAUUUAAAGUAAUUCUUCACACAUAACAUGUCUCCAAACACUGUACAGAAAAAUAAGAAAAAAACAGGGGAGAGAAAAUGAAUAUACCAUUACUGACAAUAAGGGAAAAGAAAGAAGGGGAAUGUGCGGGUGCAAAAUACGGUAAAAACAACAUAAUAACUAACCUAGUGCCUCCUUGUUGUCAUCGGAGAGGGAGAGGGAGCUGGAGGAAUGGAGGGUCUGGAGUCUGCCCUUCUCCAACAGAGCGGCCCACCUCCCACGGGACUCUGCCCCCUCCUCCUCUCCGAGGUCACGUGACCAGGUGGAGUCGCUGUCCCACAACUUGUCCUCGCUGGAUGUGGGGGUCACCCCUCAGCCGUCCCUAUACAUCCAGUUGAAGUUGUCAUUCCACAUAAUGUCUCUACCCGGUGGGGUGGUCGGCAGACACAAGAAGUUCUCCAGCAGAUUCUUAAUGGCCCGUUGGAUGAACAUGUACAGCACGUCUGUGAAGAAUUCAUCGGAGAGCCUACGGUUGGUAGCCAGGUCUUUCAGGAUGGGCUGGGACCUGCUCUGGCGGGCCAUUGGCCUCCUUCCCAUACCGGUGUCCAGAAGCAUCUGAUACACCUUGCAGAUGAGCUCCUUCCCAAAGUAGUGGACCUUCCCCCUGAAGAUCCUGUUGACCAGCUUCCAUGAGGACAGGAUCUGCCCCAGGGGCUCCACUGGUGGGGUUAACUUCAUGUCCAUGACGUCAUUCAGUGAAACAUCAUCCUCACUGCUGAACUCUUGGUGGAGUUCCCGGUCAGUGUCAGAGUGCGUCAGAUGAUAAAUAACAUCAAAGAUGUUACUGCCUGUGACUCCUGCCUCUCUGUGGCCGGUGGUGGGAGCGGUGGUCUGCCUACUUCUUCUGCCGCCAUGCCCAGACCGGGGAAUGCUGGGAGUGCUGGCAUUCUGGGUCGCGUCCAUCUCCCCAGCAGGGCUGCUGGUCUCCCCAACUUCCCCUGGCCUCUCCCCAAGCAGGGCAAAGACAGGGAGGGACCCCUCGCUAAGGACUUUAUGGACUUUGCUUCCCUUGGGCCUCCUCACUGACCCCAGUUCUCCCAAAUCUGCCAUGUUGGACCUGCUCGAUCCCUGUGAUAACCCAGGGCAUCUCCCAUUCCGGCUGUUGUUGCCUCUUCCAGACCUCAUGUGGUGGAUCCGUCUGGCGGCCUCCUGGGCACUCUCACAGGCGUCCCUGAACAACUCGGAAAAGAAGCUGGUGAGCCUCUCUUCGGUCAGAGUGAUGUCUGGAUGGGUGUUCUCCAGGUCAUCCUCACCAGAAAAGAAGAGGUCCUCCUGGGCCCUUUUCAGGAUGUUACUCACAGACAGAUCUGCUAUGCCCUGAAGCUCCUUGUCGGUCUCAGAAGGGGGAGUGGGCGGCUGCCCACCCAGGAGCCUUCCCUUCGGCUCAGAACUCCGCUGGUGGAACUUUUCAGAGAUGAUCUGGAGCACACCUGACCCCCAGCGGGACGAGUUUGACGACUCUGGACUGGAGGUCCUGAUCAGAACCAUCACUGGGAGGAACACCUCAUUGGAGACACACACCACCCACUCGAUGAUCUCGUCCAGGUCACCUAUUGUCACGUUCUUAGAAAGAGAAGCAGAAAACAACAAACUGACAGCUAGUAGUUUUUAUGUUACAAGAUAGUUUUUUCACAUGAUCACUCCACCUUUGAAAGCAGAAGAUAUUGGGGACUUACUAUUUGUUUGAGGAAUUUCCUGAAAAGCUUUCUCUUACUGGAAAACAAACAAACACCAGGAAUCAUUGGCAACUUAAACUAGUGCUUACAUAGAUUAUAUUUUUUCUGCACAUAAUGAGGUUCACAGCAGGACUCACGGGUGAGACUUCAGGAAGUUUGUUAGAGAGAACACCUCAGGUCCAAUUGGACGGGAGGCAUCAUCGCUCUUAGCCUCGGACGUGACAUCACUCUUUGGGGUCAGGAGGUCAUCAACAGAUGAAGAAGAGAUCUUUAUCUCCCCAUCAGGUGUCAAGGGACAUAGGGGUUCUGCAACCGAAGACAGUCAGAAUUACCACCGAACAAGCUAGUAACCAUGGAAACGAUUCUAUUGAAGUUGUAUAAUCAGGAACAAACACUGUGUCACCAACACCCACCUGUUGUCUCCAUUUUAGUGACUUCAGUGCCCUUCUUGAUAGCUGGCAGGACACCUACAGAAAGAGGAUCAUAGACAUUAGUUGAUCCUUCCACCAUAUAUCGUUUUAGAAUUCUAUCAAUAAAUCCAAGUAUUUUGGAAGUGGAGAUCAAUACUUACUGUAUCUGGUUGUUCGAGAUAGAAGAGUUUGAGGCAGUGCCAACACACCAACUACUUGGCGGCUUAGUUUUUUCACCCCUGCUUUAGCCUCCCUAGCCCUUCUAGCCUUGAUAGCCUCUCUGGCCUUCUUUUCUGCCUUUGCUAUAUUGGCCUCUCGGCUGGGCCUGGGGGCUUCGGCACAAGGUUCUGAGACAAAUAACAACAGUGGGGAAAUCAUAUCACCAUAGAAACCACAUUUUUCACCAUAGGCAUGAUGGUACUAAGUGACAUGUCACAUAAGGGUUAACCUUAGAAUUACAAUCAGAAUUCAAAUCUGAAUUCCAAUACUAUUAGUUCUAACUGGUAGGUGGUCCAUGUGUCGUAAUGGCGUUUUUAUCUCGUUGUAAACGGGUUUUCAACCCGUCAUAUUACUAGAUUGCAACCAACUGGCCUCUGUUACAAUCAGACGUUUUGCAACAGAACUAAAAGCUGUUUCUUACCUUUCGAGGGCUGUCCUGGGGGCAGUCUACCAGGGCUGGCAGGCUUAGUCCAUCAUGGCCAGCGGAAUGGACAUCUGUCUGGAACACUUUCUCUCCAGCACUAGCUUGGAGGGUCCCAGCCUGGGGUAUAGGAACAUAACGAAAUACAUUUAACUUAAGCCCUGCAUUAUUAUGCCCACUUUGCCAACUAUCAAUCAUAACCUUAGAAUUACAAUCAGAAUUACAAUACUAUUAGUUCUAACUGGUAGGUGGUCCAUGUGUCGUAAUGGCGUUUUUAUCUCGUUGUAAACUGGUUUUCAACCCGUCAUAUUACUAGAUUGCAACCAACUGGCCUCCGUUACAACCAGACGUUUUGCAACAGAACUAAAAACUGUUUCUUACCUUUCGAGGGCUGUCCUGGGGGCAGUAUACCAGGGCUGGCAGGUUUAGUCCAUCAUGGCCAGCGGAAUGGACAUCUGUCUGGAACACUUGCUCUCCAGCACUAGCUUGGAGGCACCCAGCCUGGGGUAUAUGAACAUAAGGAAAUACAUUUAAUCUUAGCCCUCAAUUAAUUAUGCCCACUUUUCCAACUAUAAAUCAUAUCAAUCUGUUUUUACAGGAUAUAGGUUAUGCUACCAAGAAGAUAGCCUCAUUACAUAUCAAGAGAGUUAGCCCCAGAAUGAACAAACAUUUUUUUUUCACUUGUGAGACUUACUUUUAGAAGAUUUAUUCUCAACGGUUUAUGAUUUCUAUCCAUUGUGCUUUCAGUCACCCUUUAGAUUGGACCUGACAUUUUUUUAUAAACAAAUUCAUUUUAAAAUACAUUUCACUUUUUUUUUUACAACAUCUUGGCCAAUUUGGCUGUACUCACACAGAGUGUUUCCUUUGUCCACUCAAAGUGAUUUAUUUGAACAUGAGGAUGACUGUCCUUUGCAAAGCAUCAACUCAACUGAGCCAAAAGUAGCGCACUGAACGUUUUCUUGAGUUCGUUUACGUCACAGGCUUCUAUUACGUCAACUACAAAAGCACAGAGCGACCACUCCGGGAAAUUAAUGCAUUGUUUCUGAUCACAUAUGAUAUCUAAAAAAUGUUAACAUUGUAACCCAAUUCACCUUGGUUCAGUGAGGUUUUAUCGUAUUUUAUGGAUAAAUGUUGUCCUCUGUUGGUCAUAACUGAAAUAGUCAGGAAUUAAAGUCGGGCCAUCAUCAGUCUGCACACUCCCACUAUUGGACUUUUAACAGCUACCGUUAACGUAACAUCUAUUUAGUGUCAAUAAUAUGGACCAAUCAAAUGAUUAUAGUCAAAUAAAUCAUUGGUGGGUUUGGUGAGGGAAGACAGAUGUAGUAAGCUGAUAUGAUCAGGGCAGGCACACAUAUUGCCCAUGAAUGAAUAGAUGUUUUAAGCCAGAUGUCUAUUUGUCCAAGACAGUCAUUGUUAUGCCUAUGCCCAAAAUGCCUCAUAUAGCUUCAUGUCACACAUCUAUCAUACUUUAUACAAACUGGAUGAAUGCAGGCUGUUGGUUUGUAAAUGUUGUAAAUAAAUAUGUAUAUAUUAUGCAUAUUAUUGUUAUUAUUGUUUCAUUCACUUAUCUUUUUGACCUGCACUGUUGGAGUUCAGAUCUUAAGAAUUUCACUGUACCCUGCAAUUACAUCUGCGACCCCUAUGUAUGUGACUAAUAAACUCAUCUAAUCGAAUGAAA